UGAGAAUGUUAUGGAGCCUAAGGAGACUAUUCCUAUUGAUGGUUUUCCUCCGGUUACCAAAACCCCGAAAAGGGUAACAUUUUCGGAGGCAUCUUUAAAUUCUGAAUCCCUUUCUGAUACUGUAACAAUGGAUUCUGACAUUUGCAAUGAUGAACCAUUGGUCUCUUCUGCAAUAGCCUCACUAGAUGUUGAUCCCUCUCUACCUCCAUAUGACCCUAAAACCAAUUACCUUUCUCCAAUGAAACCCAAGCUAGAUGACUGCUACUUGUUUGAGUUACUGUCUGAGAACCUUUCAGACACAGAUGGCAGUGAAAGUUCUCUAACUGAAGAUUUAUUGGAAGAGUCUGAUGGUUCUUCUUCAGAAGAGGCGUUCACUGAAGCAACGGUUGAUCAAGAAGAGGAACCUGCAAUGCCUGUUGCUAAGCAAAUUGAUGAACCUGGACUACCUAUUGCUGAGGACAUAUCUGAGGCAAAAAUGAAAUCAAAAUCAAGAUUUUCAACAAUAUUGAGGUUUUUAUCUCUGAUGUUGGUACUUAUGAUUGCUUUCUUAUCAUUCUCAGUAACUGAUUCUCCUAUACUUGCUACCCCUGGGUCUAUUAUAGACCUAAGAUUCUCUAAUGUCAGUAUUCCAUCAGCUAUUCCGGUCUUGGCUUUUCUAGUCUUAGCUAAGGCUAAUAGUUACUUUAAGCAAUUCUCGAGUGAAGUGGUUUCUUAUUUCUCAAAGUUGAUUAAUGACCUUGGCAGUAUUAGUAGUGAGGAAUUGGAUAAAAGGUUUGAACCAAUUGAGUUAGAAGAGGAUGAAGAAUCUGAAACCGAGCCAGAUGAGGAAGAAUUUCAAAUGGAUGCUGAUUUAGAUGACGGUGGGGAAGUUGAAAUUAAAGGAGUAGAUGUGUUGGACAUUGAAGAAGCUUCCGUAAUUCAAUUAGCCGAGGUAAAUGGGGCUGAUAUCUUAGAAAAGGAUGUAGAACAAGGAAAGCAUGAUUUGGUAGAAACUGAAAAAGUUUCUGUUGUCCCAACUGAGGGGAAUGAAUCUGAUAGUUCAGAAAGGUAUUUGGACCAAGGGCUUACAACUUCUAAUGUUGAGGUCGAGUUAGAUGAAUCCCAAUCUUUCAUUGUUGAUAAUGCACUUGAGUCGAUGAUUGACAAUCCUGAAAGCAUAGUGAAAGAAAUUUCUGCUGUUGAAGAAGCCCAACCUUUGGAAAUGAUGAAGUCUCCAAUAAGACAUGAUGAAGAUAAUGUUGGUGCAUAUCAGAUCCUGGGAGUUUCCUCACUUGUACUGGGUCUGCUAGCUGGUACAGUUCUAUACGUCAAGAGAAGAAGUGAUAAAACUUUGCAUCCAGUAGUAUUCUCACGUAAGAAAUUUGCCACACACCAUGUUGUUAAAGAGAAACAUUCCUCUCAAAAUUGGCCAACAGAGGUCGAUGUCGCAGGAGCCAAGAAAUAUCCUAAAUCUGAGGAUGAUGAGGCUCAGAGCAUUGAGAAGAAACCUAGAAAGAGUAACAGGAGAGAAUCCUUGGUUGCAUCUGAGUUCUCAAUGGGUUCACCUUCAUAUGGAAGUUUCACUACAUGUGAGAGGAUUCCUGCCAAGCAU